GUGAGAGAGAGAGAGAGAGAGAGAGAUUGGUACUUGUGCAUGCGUGCACGCGCGCGCGCACCCGGCCAAUCAGAUCUCCUCUGCUGAGCUGCGGCUGGUUGGCAGAUCUGGGAGCGAGAGUGGAGUGGACUGUGAGCAAACUAACACACACACACACACACACACACAUCUAAGAUGUGGAGGUAACCCGGUCACACACCUUUGCAGAUGUAAAGACAGAAGCGCAAGAUGUUUGAUGAUGAGCCUGUGGUGAUUCCUCGGUGGAAUUCCUCUCUUCAACGAGCUGUGACCUCCACAGCCCCCAGCCACCUCUCCAGGAUGUGAAUACGGCUUGUCGGCUUUCUGCGGGUGUCUGGGUUUAAAGCACGAGGAUGGGUUUAAAGCAUAAAGAUGGGCAUGUGGUGCGCUGAGCUGGGUGGCUGGGCCUGAUCUCCGUCCACAGGCCUCUCUUUAACAUGAGAGCCUGUUUGAGCUCUCUGCUGCUGGGCCUCUUCGCGCUCCAGAGGAGCCUCGGCAGCCCAUCUACGGCAGGCCUGGGCUUAAACACACUCUCUCACAACCGAACCAGACUUCCCGUGAGCCCAGUCCAAAACACACACACUCACAACCGAACCAGACUUCCUGUGGCCCCAGUCCUAAACACACACACUCACAACCGAACCAGACUUUCUGUGGGCUCUGUCCUAAAUGCACACACACAAAAUCGGACUAAACUCCCUGAGGGAGGGAAGGACCCCCAUCACCGGCCCAAGAGGGGUUGGGUGUGGAAUCAGUUCUACGUUUUGGAGGAGCACAUUGGACCAGAGCCGCAGUAUGUCGGAAAGUUGCACUCCAACUCGGAUAAGGGUGAUGGCUCAGUGCGAUAUCUCCUCUCAGGAGAAGGCGCUGGCACCAUCUUCACCAUUAAUGAGUCUACAGGAGACAUUCAUGCCACCAAGAGCCUGGACCGUGAGAAGAAGAAUCACUACGUACUCCACGCUCGCGCAAUCCACAGCGUCACACACCACACCGUGGAGCCCGAGUCCGAGUUCAUCAUCAAGGUUCAGGAUGUGAACGACAACGCACCUACCUUCCCCAACGGCCCGUUCACUGCCUCCGUACCCGAGAUGGCCGACAUCGGAACGUCAGUUAUCCAGAUCACUGCCACGGAUGCUGACGACCCCACGUACGGCAACAGCGCCAGGAUAGUCUACAGCGUCCUGCAGGGGCAGGCAUAUUUCAGCAUCGACCCGAAAACCGGUGUCAUCAGGACAGCACUGGCCAACAUGGACAGAGAAACCAGAGAAAUGUACUCCAUCAUCAUCCAAGCCAAAGACAUGGCCGGCUCAGUGGGGGGUCUUUCAGGGUCCACCACCGUCAACAUCACACUCACCGAUGUCAACGACAAUCCACCCAGGUUUCCUCAAAAAAACUACCAGCUGUACGUCCCAGAGUCUGCUCAGGUUGGGAAGGCUGUGGGAAAAAUCAAAGCCAAUGAUGAAGACCUCGGAAUCAACGCAGAGAUGGAGUACAAGAUCACCAAUGAGGAAGGGGCGGCCAUGUUUUCCAUCUCUGCUGACAGUGAUAAGAGAGAGGGGGUCAUCUCCCUGAAAAAGCAUCUGGAUUAUGAGAAGAAAAAGGCUUACACUUUAAGCAUCGAGGGAGCGAAUACACACCUGGACCCUCAUUUCUCGCACCUCGGCCCGUUCAAAGACACCACCACGCUGAAGAUCAUCGUCGGGGACGUGGACGAAGCUCCAAUCUUUCCCUUGGAUUAUUACAUCAUGGACGUCUACGAGAACGCGCCGGCCGGCACAGACGUCGGCAUGGUGACGGCUCAAGACCCCGACAAUGCCAGGGGGAAAAUCAGGUACUCCAUCGACGAGAGCGCAGAUGGAGAGACGCUUUUCAGCAUCGAUGAGAACAGCGGCCUCAUUAAAACCACGGCGAGUCUGGAUCGAGAGGGCGUGGCCUGGCAUAACAUCACUGUCAGUGCUGCAGAGGUUGACAAUCCCAUGUUGGUGAGCUCCGUCCCUGUCACAGUCCAAGUCCUGGACGUCAACGACAACACGCCGUACAUCCAGACGGACAGUGACAUCAUCGUGUGUGAGAGUACCAAAGCAGGCCAGGUCAUCCAGACCAUCAGGGCUACGGACAGGGACAACUUUGCCAACGGACGCUUUUCCUUCGCUCUGCCAGCAGAUGUUCCGGCCAAUCCAAACUUCACCCUCAAGGAUAAUGAAGACAGCAGUGCGAGUAUCGUGGCCCGGCGCUGGGGCUUCAGUCGGGCCGAUCAGGAGCUCCAUCAGCUGGCCGUGGUGGUGUGGGACGGAGGAGAGCCGGCGCUCAGCAGCACCACCACCCUCACGCUGCGUGUGUGUCCGUGCCAACGCGGCCUCCGAUCACCGACCUGCCGACCCCAGGCCUUCUUCUCCUCCGCCGGCCUCAGCACCGGGGCUCUCAUCGCCAUCCUGCUCUGCGUCCUCAUCCUGCUGGCCAUCGUGGUGUUGUUUGUUACCCUGCGGAGCAAAAAGAGCAAAAAAGAGACGCUGAUCAUUUCCGAGGAGGACAUCAGGGAGAACGUAGUGACGUACGAUGACGAAGGCGGAGGCGAGGAGGACACUGAAGCCUUUGACAUGGCGGCUCUGAGGAACCCCGAGGCUGCGGCGGAGGCUCGUAAAAAACGGAAGAGGAGGAAGGAGGAGGCGCAGUGUGAGACGUUCGGGGCCGUAGGGGUGGAGACGCUGAGUCCGUCCCUGUCCCUGCCCGUUCAGGACAUCCAGGAAGUGAUCCAGCUGAAGGUAGUGGAGGCGGAUCAGGACACGAGCGGGUCACCGUACGAUUCGCUGCAGACGUACGCGUACGAAGGCCAGGGUUCUCCGACCGGCUCCAUCAGCUCUCUGGACCUUCCUGAUCCUCCAUAUGAACCCGACACACUCGACCUGGACGCCUCGUGGCCUGACGUUCACUCACUCGCAACACUUUUCCAGGAGAGAAGCGACCAGCACACGCUCUAGUGUCGCUCGGUGUGUGUUUAAAACCCUGAUAUCGUGUCUUUUUUUCCUCAUCGGUGUUCAGAUGAUCCUGCACAGAAAGGCUGUUCUGUUUUUACCUUUUUUUUUUUUUUUUGGUCCAAAUUUUCCGCGGGAUUAUUUUGACUCUUGUUUUUUUUUUUGGAGAAAAAGUGAGAAAAUACUAAACACAAGGACCAACAAAGGAAACUAUUUUCCCUGGUGUAUAUUUUAUAUUGCUUAAUAAAGUCCAUGAUUGCGGAUAAAUAAAUCAAUUUAUAUUUGUAGAUUUGUUCUUUUCCAGCAGGAAGUAAACGGCGUGAGUGAAUCAAAUCACAGCAGAAAGGAUACUGGUUUGCAUACUGGUUUAUCCUGCUCAAUAUUCCUCAGGUAUGUGACCCUGAAGUCAAAAUGGGUGUUUCAGAGCAUCUUGUACCUCGGCCUUGGCGUUAUGGACACCAGUACGAUAAUACAUUACAAUCUAGAAAAAAUAUAUUUUUUUAAAUAUAUAGUUUUGGAGUUACACUUGUUUUAAUUUUAUAGUACAUUACUUCAGGGGAAUUGAUUUUUUUUCUAUGAUUUUUUUUAAUUUUUCAAUGACUCAUCAUGUACUCGUGUCCAAUUCAAUGAUCUCUAGAACACAUAGGUCCCGCCCCCGGGGGCGUGUCUUGCUCUACAGUAGCAGCUCAUUAGCAGUAAACAUGUCUUGUCAGUGAAUCUAUUGCACAUUAUUCCCUUUUCCAACCCUCGCUUGGUGGAGAAUAAAGGGGUGGAGUUUAGUCGAUCAGAAGAGGGCGGAGUUGGCAGUUUUGCGCCAACAACAGCUCAUGCUAUUUUGUGGAAAAGGCUUGCAUUAUAACCUCUUUACUAUCCUCCAUAUUUAGCUAGUUUUCUAAUCUACUGUUAAGUUAGUUUAGAUUCGAUGGGGCUUGGUGCAGCUCGAACACUAUUGGCUGUUGUGUAAAUCAGUCACGCACUUCAACACUCCGUCACUCUGACUUCCUGUUUCAAAAGGAAGUGCAUACAGAAUCGAAUAACAGCCAUUUCAGGUGGAAUUUAUUGCUUGGUUUCAGCUUUAAAUACAGUGCAAUCCAGUUAUAGUUAUCCCACACUGUCCCAUUUUUCUUCAUAUUUCUCACAUUUAUUCAUCUCACACUGCAUUUUUCAUCCACAGGUCAAAGGGCAUGCAAUUCAACAUAAAUCACUGUUGUCAAAACCUAAGAAAAUAACUUAUUAUAAUUCCUGAGAACUGGAAGAAUUAUAAUUGGAUUACAGCAGCAUUCUGUAGAAGGUAAUUGGAUUCAAAUGCUUCACUGGGCACCUUUUAUUACUUUCCCAUGACUUAUGAAUCAAGUGUGAAAAGUCUGUGUUUGCAAUCUCGUCCUGAUCAAUUCCUCAGUCUCGCAUCACGCACACGAACAACAGCGCUUUAAUAUCUGCUGUAGUGCCGCUGAUGAUGAUGACAAUGAUGAGGACGAUUGUUGUGGACUAGGCACGGCCUCAUAAAGAGUUACGCAAUAUGCAAAAGAUAACAACCAAUGAAGCCUCCGGAUAUCAUUAAAUAACGCGAGAUGGACGGAUAGCGCAACACAAAGCGGAGUGGCCUCACCAGAAUUUAUUAAAGCAGCCUUCCUCUGAUAUGAUAUGAAAAAAAAACUCAUUGUCAUUUUAUUUAGCUAACCUUCUAAAUACUGUUAUACAAUCGUUGCUAUGGUUACACAUCAGAGACAGAUAUCCCACUCUGUUCAUAAACCGUUCCUCACUGCGUAAAUCUGUAUCAUUCAUUUUUCUUAUUUUCGGAGCUGCUAGCAAAAUGUGGACACGAUAACCUGUUAUUCAUGCCUGUUGUCAUGGUUACUGUUUAACAUUAUUAGUUAAUAUUAAUCAGAAGAAUUGAUUCUUAGAACUGCGAUCAAAGAUUAGAACAAAUUGACAUCAGAGGUGAAUCAAUGUAUAAGAAAAUGCCAGCCAAUCAGAAACACUUAAUACUGAAACACAGUUAUUACUAAUUAUUAGUUAUUCCUAAAAUUAUUAUCCAGUUAUUAUUUAGUUAUUACCGAAAUAUACUCAGUUAUUACUGCAGCAUGCUCAGCUAUUAUCUGGUAAUUACUGCAAUGUCUCCAUUAUUACCCUUAUUACUGCAGCCUUUUCAGUUGUUACCCAGUUAUUACAUGCUGUUAUUACUCCGUUAUUACUGAAAUGUUAUUAUUACAUGUGCCAUAUUUAGAGGUUAUUACUCAGUUAUUACUGAAACAAGCUCUUUUAUUACUCAGUUAUUACUGAAACAUGCUCUUUUAUUACUCAGUUAUUACUGACACAAGCUCUUUUAUUACUCAGUUAUUACUGAAACAUGCUCUUUUAUUACUCAGUUAUUACUGAAACAAGCUCUU